AUGAAGUUCGACUGUAAGGUCUGCCAAGUUCUACAGUUUUAUUUGCCAGCUGUGGCGAAGGAAAUUGUAUGCUUCAACUGUGAAAGAAAAUUUAACAUCACCAAUAACAGUUUUCGUAGAACAAGUCCAGUCGAAUCAUCCUCCCGCCCAUCUACCCCACUGCCAAUCACAAACGGAAAUCCACAUCAUGAAAGCAAUGCAUCCCAAGAACACGCACAACCCUACGAAUUUAUCCCUCCAAAACCUCCCGUCGAUAGGGUUCGAAAUCAGCUAGGCGAAUUCACCAAGGCCAAGGAAGAAGUUGAGAAGAAAGAAGAGCCGUCUCUGAAAAGAAACUCGCAUAUUGAAACGAAUGGAACGGAUCACGAAGAAGAAGAAUAUCACUCCAAUACAAGUACAGAGGAUGUUUCCAAGCGCGGUCGAAAGCGCAAGAAAACCGAGCGUCUAGUCCAACUAGAGCAGCACGAACUCGAACAAUCGAGCCAGAAACGAACAAAGUCCGAAUCCUCUCCCUCCGUCAGUUUCCGCAACUCGCCCAUGAUUCCCACCCAGCCCCAUCCAAACAACACUUGUGGCGGUUGCGCGAAACGAUUAAAUACUAUUCCAGAUUUUAAAACAACGACGACGAAAUGUAUCGACUGCAUUCGCUGGUUUUGCGUCCAAUGUACGGAAGACUUUUUAAUGAAAGAAGAAGGCAGCGAAUAUUUCGUCUGCAAGGUCAAAAAGCGCUGCAAUCCAACAGCGAGAGGUCGAGCCAGACUCAAACACUCCCCAGACAAAGCGGAAUCGAAGCCUAAGAUCGUCAAGAAAACAAUCAGUUCGGAACCGACCGCGAACGGGAUCAAAAUACGCAACUGGGCCAGUCGCCCUGUAAAAAGACGACCAAAGAAGAGAAACAACUUUCCAGCGUUGGGGACGAUCAUCUGUUGCGAUCACGAAUGGUGUACGUACACCUUGACAAUCACAGCUGCAAAUCAACGGAGGGCGAAGACCUGCUUGAAUCUUCACACAAAAAGAUGCCUUGAAAAUUUCAAGAAUGGUCGGCGCUUGGACUACAACCCGAAUGGAAAAUCGACGUAUGUUGCGAUCAGUAAAUUCGGCCUAGGCCACCAAUCGGCGAUAAAAACUGAACCAUUGGCGAAUAUUCAAGGCCAGUAUCACCAAGAACAAACGAGUAAGCUGCCGGAACAAGUGCCACUUUUUGGACUCAAGAAGGAAAUCAUGGACGAAACUACAAACAUAGAAGAAAUUGAUGAAGAUGAUUGGUCGACAGAUGAAGAAGGUGGCUCGUCAGCAGAUGAAGAGCAGCAAAGUGAUUCGCCACCGUACAUGACCGAGCUAGAUAUGCUGCCCGAACCCGCGACGCAUCCAGAAGUUCCAGUGCCCGUGAAUGGCGGGAUUCCAGUGCCCACAAACGGCGUCCUCCCCGAGCCCGACCUCGUCAACUGA